CCAGGUUUUGAAGGGUUACAAUGACAGCCUGUAGUUCCUGGGUGGGUAGAUUCAUGUAACAAGAAUUUGUAGUUUAAAUUCAUGUGAUUUCUGAUGACUCCGCCUUGUUUGGCAGGGCUUUGGCAGAAUAUUCCUCUUUGGAGAAAGCUCCAAUGUGACCCGGCCAGCUUGUUCCAGGGAUCUGCACAGGGCACUCAAUGCCCAGAGUAGACCAACAUUCUGCAACAGAGCUGGAUUCAGAAACCCAAAUGGAGGAACAGGAAGCUGCCGGAGCCGAAUCACAGGAGGGUUUGGAAGGCAAAGCACAAGACCUUCAUGUGGUUCAGAUCGAGACCACUGGGGAGUUGAUGGAGGGGGCUGUGCCCCCCCAGCAGUUUAAGCAGGAGCCGGAGGACCAAUGCUGGGAGAACCAAUUACAAGACUUCCUGAAGACCAUGCAGCCUUCUCGUUCAGGGUGGAGGAACCCCCGGUCCCCUCACUAUAUGCUAGGGGAAGACCCCAAGUAUUGCCCAACCUCCUUCAAGAGAGGAGAAGAAGACAACCAGUGGCCGAAAGUAGAGUGCGUAUCUGAAAGCACAUUGGGUGACAAUAAGGCCUACGGGAGUAGCCAGGAUUCCCCCGUGAAGGUGAAGGAAGAGGUUCUGGACGAGGAUGCUGUCCACGUGGAGAUACGGAGACAGCGUUUCCGCCUUUUCUGCUACGAGGAAGCCGAAGGGCCCCGGGAGGUUUGCAACCAGCUCUGGGAGCUCUGUCAUCAGUGGCUCAGGCCAGAGACCCACACGAAGGAGCAGAUCCUGGAGUUGCUUAUCCUGGAGCAGUUCCUGACCGUCCUGCCCCCUGAGAUGCAGAGCUGGAUCCGGGAACAAGGGCCGGAGACCUGCACACGGGCUGUUGCCCUGGCCGAACGUUUCUUGCAAGACGCUGAAGAGCCGGAGCAGAAGGUGUCAGGAACUUUAGAACAGGGGUUUAGCUCCCCCAAAUCGGAUCAUUCUUCGUCUCAUGUCCUCAAGGUGCAGCUCCCUUUGGAAAAGAAGCAGGAGGAUGAUUGGGAGGCCACUUUGUCAGGGAAUGAGCAAGUGCAGGAAGAGGAAGAGGAGGAGGAAUCUUUCCAGCCCAACCAUCCUGAACCAACAGUUAGUGGGGGGUUAUCCCUGGAAAGGGCAACAGGGAAGGGUUUCCAAGGCUCCGAGUCGGACGAGAACCCCGAAGGUCCCUCUGAAAAUCAUCCUGGAAAGGUGACCAAACGCUUUGAGGAGAGCAGCAGGGGUGCACGCGAAAGCUCCUUUCAGGAAGGGAUUCCUCGGCACGUCGACUCAGGGGAAAGUUCCUGCAAAAGUUUUGGCCCUCAGGAAAUUCAGCCAAUGGAGAAACCCCACAAGUGCUCGUUCUGCGGGGCCAGUUUCUACGAGAGAACGCACCUCAUCAUCCACGAGAGGAUCCACACCGGAGAGAAGCCGUACAAGUGUUCGGUCUGCGAGACGUGGUUCUCUCAUCCCUCCGAGCUGAUGCGGCACGAGGAGACCCACAUGCCCGAGAAGCCGCACAAAUGCGCCGUCUGCGGCAAAAGCUUCAACCAGAAAGCCUCCCUCAUCACCCACGAGAGGACGCACACGGGGGAGAAGCCCUACGAGUGCUCCGAGUGCGGGAAGAGCUUCAGCACCAGCUCCCAGCUCAUCACCCAUAAGAGGGUCCACACGGGGGAGAAGCCCUACAGUUGUUCCUACUGCGGGAAGAACUUCAACCAGAAGGCCUCCCUGAUCACGCACAAGCGGACACACACGGGCGAGAAGCCCUACGAGUGCACCCUCUGCGGGAAGAGCUUCAGCGCCUGCUCCCAGAUCAUCAACCACAUCCGGGUCCACACGGGAGAGAAGCCCUACGAGUGCCUGGAGUGCGGGAAGCGUUUCGGCAGCAGCUCCCACCUGACGGAUCACAAGCGGACGCACACGGGCGAGAAGCCAUACAAGUGCCCCGACUGCGGGAAGAACUUCAGCCGGAGUUCCAACCUUACGGCUCACAGUCGGAUCCACACAGGAGAGAAGCCAUAUAUAUGCUCAGGUUGCGGCAAGAGCUUCAGGCAAAAGGCCUCCCUCAUCACACACAAGAGGACUCACACGGGGGAGAAGCCCUUUGAAUGCGCUGAGUGCGGGAAAAGUUUCAUUUCCAGUUCCCGUCUCGUCAGCCAUAAACGGGUCCACACGGGGGAGAAACCCUACGAAUGCUUAGAGUGCGGGAAAUGCUUUAUCUCCAGCUCCCACCUUCUAAGUCAUAAAAGGGUCCAUACAGGAGAAGAACCAUUGAAAUGCUCGUAGAGCGCAAAGCAUUGCCGAUGUGGCACCAGGCUGGUUUCCAUGAGACUCUGGCAGGGAAUCCUAUAUCUCUGGGAUGGCAUAGCAUCUGUAGCUCCGAAGGCCGUUCCAUUUCCUCGAUGUACCAUUGAAAAGUUUUGUUUGUUUAUUAGUUUUAAAGAACUUUGGUGUUUUUUUUUUUUUAAAUAAGCCCAGGGAUGUUUCUGCAAGAUCUACUUUCUGGUUUGCUUGGUAAGGCCAGCUGACAUGCACUCUGGCCAUUGCGUAUCUGUGCACACAUCAUCAUGUAGAAGAUGCAGGCUUGGCUUGUGUGAACAGUGCUCUCCACUUCCCGAAAGAGGCAGAAGGGAUUGCUCAUGGAUGUAAACACCAAGUAUGCAGGAUACUUUCCAAGCCAGUGGAGCCAAAGGAUUGAUUCAAAAAAAAAAAAGUCUGCCUCACAUGACCGCUCUACCAGUCUUAGCAGCUGAGAGUGUGACCUAGCCUUGCUAUAAGAUAGGGCAGGAUUGGGCAACUAUGGCCCUUUUAGGACCCACAGACUUCAACUCCCAGAAUUCCAAGGCAGCCAUGCUGGCUCAGGAAUUCUGGGAGUUGAAGUCCACAGGUUGUAAAGAUGCCAUAGUUGCCUAUCCUUGAGAUAGAGAAUAGCUGAGGGGAAAUAUGACAGUUAGAUCACUGGAAAAUGAAGAGAUUUUUCUAGAUCCUAUGUCUGCCAUCAAGAGAACUUUUCCCUGUUUUCCCUCAGAGAGAACUCUUAAAAAGUCCCUGAGUAGUCACUGCUCUAAAUAUUGUUAAAGAUGUAGGAAAUACUUAACCUAUGUAUAUUUUACACCCCUAAACUAAGCGUUCUCCAGUAAUUUCCCCCUUUCUGCCACAAAACUGCAGAUUGUGAAAUGUGGCCCGAGUAGAUGCAGGGAACACCUUAAGGCUGGGUUCACAUAACACUCUAAAUCAAUGUUUCUCAACCUUGGCAACUUGGACCUCAACUCCCAGAAUUCUUAGCAGUGGCGAUGCUGGCUGGAGAAUUCUGGGAAUUGAAGUCCACACAACUUAAAGUGGCCAAGAUGGAGAAACUCUGGGCUAAAUCCUAACUUCAGGUUGAUAAAGCACAGUUGCUCAAUGUUAUUCACCUAAACACACUAAACAAGUAACUAGAGCUUAAUGAGAUGGCCCAGUUAACUCAACUCUCCAAGACAAAGAGAGGUUACACGUAGUCCUUGACUUAGAGGAGCCUGCCCAUAGUCAUAAAUCACGAAAGUUGUAAGACAGUUUUAUGGCCUUUUUGCAUAAAGCAAACACCAUGGUAUUAAGCAAACACUGAGGGCUUUAAGCAGAUCAGUGGUUUGCUAUGGGCAUGGUUUUGCCGAUGGUGGUUUUCAGCGAAACUGCGGUAAAAUGCAGUCACAUGACCGUGGGACACUACAAAUGGCCGUAUAUGAACCCUUGUUGCCAAGCGCCCAAAGUUUGGUCAUGUGAUUGCUGGAGGGGGGCGGCCAUCAAAACUUCGAAUUCGGGUCAUAAGUUGCAAGAAAGGUCCAUCUUAACUUUGGUUGCUAAGCAACCAGUUAUAGGUUGAGGACUACUUUCAAACCCAGAUCAGGAGUACUCCUAGGAUGCUUAGGCUCUUGUAAUUGCACGGGAUGGCUGCUCUUGUAUCUCUUAUGCAGAUCUGGGAAACUGAGGCGCCUUUACUACCAAUGAACUUCUGGCUGGCUCAGGAAUUCUGGGAGUUGAAGUCCACGAGAUCAUAAAAGGGCCAAAGUUGCCCGCCCCUGCUCUUACGCGUCAGCAUUGCAUCCUGUAAUGUUUGGAGACUUGUGGACUGAGAUGCCAGCAGAACGCAGGAGUAGAUGGCGUGAAUCUGCAUUGCCCCUCUUCUUAAUUUCUAUCAUCUCUCCCUAUAUGUGUGAGGGGCAGUGCUGUAAAAAAUGGGAAUCGGGAUACAUACUUGCCAAAAAGUUUGUGCAAGGGAGAAUUUGAGGAGUAUGGCGUGUUUUGGGGAGGAAAAAAAAAAUCAUUUUCACACAAGUUCACACAUGCGUGACUUGAGCAAUGUUCUCAUUGCAAAACAUGGGGGCUUGGAAGAGAUACAAGGCAGUGACAUCUGGUCUCUAGUGAACCUUUUCACCCAUACGAAGUCCUUAUUCAAAGCUUCGUGCAUCCAGCAAGCAUGUAGUUUGCAUGUCUGAACUGCUCCAGGGGGUGUUUUGUUUAUGUUCUGGAGAAUGGGGUGUGUUCUCCCAUCCCGCCGCAUGCAUGUGGGAAAAUAGGGAAGAGAGGGGUCUGGUUCCAUUGCAAAGAAAGGAACUUACAGACAAAUAGGAAGGAAGAAGCUGCGGUAUGUCAAUAUCAAAUGAGUGUGAUGGAAAGGGAACAUACACUGGAUGUAGAAAUUCUGCACACCCCUGUUAAAAUACCAGAUUUUUGAGAUGUAAAAAAAAUCAGACCAAAAUAAAUCAUUUCAGAAUUUUUUUUUCCACCUUUAAUGUAACAUAUAAGCUGUACCAUUUACUAGGAAAACAAAAUUAUUUAGUGGGGAAAAAAAUAAAAAAAAAUAGAAUAAUGUAGCUGUAUAAGUAAGUUGUUCACACGCUCUUAUAAGUAGUGAUGUGGCUUAUGUUCAGAAGUAACCAAUCACAUUCAAACUGAUAUUAAAUAGUACAUACCUGCCAUCAAUUACAAUGACUCUGAUCAAGCCCAUUAAUGUUCAGCUGUUCUAAUGGGAUUUUUUUCUGAUGUUUGCUCAGUUGCCUCUUACAGCAAAAGCUUUGGUCUGCAAAGAGCUUACAAAGCAUCAAAGGGAUCUUUUGUUGGAAGGUAUCAGUCAGGAAAAAAAAUACAUAAAUGUUUUCAAGGCAUUGGACGUACCAUGGAACACAGUGAAGACAGUCAUCAACAGUGGAGAAAAUAUGGUUACAACAACAGGGUCAUUACCAAGAACUGAAUGUUGUUUCAAAUUUGAUAAAAAGAGAACACUUUUGAGAUUUGAGAGGCUGCCCAAAAGGCCUACAGCAACAUCAAAGGAGCCGAAGGAAUUGCCGGCAAGUACUGGUUGUGCACUACAUGUGAAAAUAACCAAUACUUUGGGAGAAACAAUCGCCAGCCAUCAACACCCCAAUCAGCAUUUAAAAAGCCACAUACAACAGGCACCAUAUAAAUAUCACACAAGAGAACAGUCCAAAGCACACACUCUGCUAGAGAGAAGUUCCCUGAAGAUGGGCUCCGGCACGAAUCCAAAAGCCUUGGAUGGAAAACAAUUGGUCCCAGUGACCGACCCAGAUUGGAUCCUCCAACAUUAUCCUGGGACAUGUAUAUUUGCCUUCACUCAUGACAAUCUCCCAUAUUCGUCAUAUAUCUAGACUGUGGGGUAGGGGGGCAAGAUAGAAGCCUUAUUAAAAAAAAAUCCCAUCAAAGCCUGGCUAAAUUUUGCGAAAACCUACAUUUAAUUUGACAAAAGCAUGUGGGAGAGAUGUGCUAUGGUCUGAUGAGAUCAAGGUCGAACCUUUUGGCCAUUAAUUGCAAAAAAAUAAUAAUGUUUGGCACAAAAGCAACACUGCACAUAAUACC